CCCGCAGAGGUAUAAUACUCCCUCCUCUUGUUCUUUUGGGGCCUGGUCUCUGCCCCUCGUGGUCCUGAUAAGACUCGUGUCUCAUAUCUCCAACGGUCCAGUGUUUGGUUUGGAGAUAAACUUCAGAACCGAGUCGAGUCGGAGACGAAGACGAAACGACGUCGACGACGACGCUUCAGGAGUCAUGUCUGUGGAGGGCGAGCAGCUUCACUUCGUGGGGACAAAGGAGGAUCUGGUGUCGGCGCAGAAAACCGUCGUGAGUCUGGACGGACGAGACGUUCUCAUCGUUCACCACCAGGGGGAGUUCUACGCCAUCGACUGCUACUGCUACCACGCAGGAAGUUCUCUGGAGACCGGAGACAUCGAGGAGUUGGACCGCAGACUCUGCAUCAUUUGUCCCAAACACAAAUAUAAGAUCACCCUGCGCGAGGGGGAGGGGCUUUACCGCGCCCGCGACCACACCCAGGCCCUGCCCCCCCAGACUCCGCCCCCCCUGCGCUGGUUCUCCAAAGGUGUGAAGCAGCGGGUGCACGUCCUCACCGAGCGGCAGGGGGCGCUCUACCUGCGCCUGUCCACCGCCGGGAACGUCGAGUCCGACUACUACCAGGGCGAGCGCGGCAAGGAGGCGCGAGAGAAGGCGGCGGCCGCGGACAAGGGGGGCGGGGACAGGGGGGAGGGGGAGGAGUCAUGACGGCG